AUGGUUACUAGGGGCACCAGCUUGCAGGUGGCAGCCCGCCCUCACACCCCUGAUCCAUACAUAUCUUCCCUUUCAUUCCAGUCCUACAUCCCGACCUAUUCAACCAGCAACAUCUCAGCCCCUGCAACCUGCACCUCAGUCCCCGUCAACCUGCACCUCAGUCCCCGUCAACCUGCACCUCAGUCCCCGUCAACCUGCACCUCAGUCCCCGUCAACCUGCACCUCAGUCCCCGUCAACCUGCACCUCAGUCCCCGUCAACCUGCACCUCAGUCCCCGUCAACCUGCACCUCAGCCCCCGUCAACCUGCAUCUCAGCCCCCGUCAACCUGCACCUCAGCCCCCGUCAACCUGCACCUCAGCCCCCGUCAACCUGCACCUCAGCCCCCGUCAACCUGCACCUCAGCCCCCGUCAACCUGCACCUCAGCCUCCUUCAACCUGCACCUCAGCCUCCUUCAACCUGCACUUCAGCCUCCUUCAACCUGCACCUCAGCCUCCUUCAACCUGCACCUCAGCCUCCUUCAACCUGCACCUCAGCCCCCGUCAACCUGCACCUCAGCCCCCGUCAACCUGCACCUCAGCCCCCGUCAACCUGCACCUCAGCCCCCGUCAACCUGCACCUCAGCCUCCUUCAACCUGCACCUCAGCCCCUGCAACCUGCACCUCAGCCCCCUGCAACCUGCACCUCAGCCCCCUUCAACCUGCACCUCAGCCCCCUUCAACCUGCACCUCAGCCCCUUCAACCUGCACCUCAGCCCCUUCAACCUGCACCUCAGCCCCUUCAACCUGCACCUCAGGCCCCGUCAACCUGCACCUCAGGCCCCGUCAACCUGCACCUCAGGCCCCGUCAACCUGCACCUCAGGCCCCGUCAACCUGCACCUCAGGCCCCGUCAACCUGCACCUCAGGCCCCGUCAACCUGCACCUCAGGCCCCGUCAACCUGCACCUCAGGCCCCGUCAACCUGCACCUCAGGCCCCGUCAACCUGCACCUCAGCCCCCGUCAACCUGCACCUCAGUCCCCGUCAACCUGCACCUCAGCCCCCGUCAACCUGCACCUCAGCCUCCUUCAACCUACACCUCAGCCUCCUUCAACCUGCACCUCAGCCUCCUUCAACCUGCACCUCAGCCUCCUUCAACCUGCACCUCAGCCUCCUUCAACCUGCACCUCAGCCUCCUUCAACCUGCACCUCAGCCUCCUUCAACCUGCACCUCAGCCUCCGUCAACCUGCACCUCAGCCUCCGUCAACCUGCACCUCAGCCUCCGUCAACCUGCACCUCAGCCUCCGUCAACCUGCACCUCAGCCUCCGUCAACCUGCACCUCAGCCUCCGUCAACCUGCACCUCAGCCUCCGUCAACCUGCACCUCAGCCUCCGUCAACCUGCACCUCAGCCUCCGUCAACCUGCACCUCAGCCGCCGUCAACCUGCACCUCAGCCGCCGUCAACCUGCAUCUCAGCCCCCGUCAACGUGCACCUCAGCCCCCUUCAACCUGCACCUCAGCCCCUGCAACCUGCACCUCAGCCUCCUUCAACCUGCACCUCAGCCUCCUUCAACCUGCACCUCAGCCUCCUUCAACCUGCACCUCAGCCUCCUUCAACCUGCACCUCAGCCGCCGUCAACCUGCAUCUCAGCCCCCGUCAACGUGCACCUCAGCCCCCUUCAACCUGCGCCUCAGCCCCUGCAACCUGCACCUCAGCCUCCUUCAACCUGCACCUCAGCCUCCUUCAACCUGCACCUCAGCCUCCUUCAACCUGCACCUCAGCCUCCUUCAACCUGCACCUCAGCCUCCUUCAACCUGCACCUCAACCCCCGUCAAUUUGCACCUCAGCCCCCGGCAACCUGUACCUCAGCCCCCGUCAACCUGCACCUCAGCCCCUGCAACCUGCACCUCAGCCUCCUUCAACCUGCACCUCAGCCUCCUUCAACCUGCACCUCAGCCUCCUUCAACCUGCACCUCAGCCUCCUUCAACCUGCACCUCAGCCUCCUUCAACCUGCACCUCAGCCUCCUUCAACCUGCACCUCAGCCUCCUUCAACCUGCACCUCAGCCUCCUUCAACCUGCACCUCAACCCCCGUCAAUUUGCACCUCAGCCCCCGGCAACCUGUACCUCAGCCCCCGUCAACCUGCACCUCAGCCCCUGCAACCUGCACCUCAGCUUCCUUCAACCUGCACCUCAGCCUCCUUCAACCUGCACCUCAGCCUCCUUCAACCUGCACCUCAGCCUCCUUCAACCUGCACCUCAGCCUCCUUCAACUUGCACCUCAGCCUCCUUCAACCUGCACCUCAGCCUCCUUCAACCUGCACCUCAGCCUCCUUCAACCUGCACCUCAGCCUCCUUCAACUUGCACCUCAGCCCCUGCAACCUGCACCUCAACCUCCUUCAACCUGCACCUCAGCCUCCUUCAACCUGCACCUCAGCCUCCUUCAACCUGCACCUCAGCCUCCUUCAACUUGCACCUCAGCCUCCUUCAACCUGCACCUCAGCCUCUUUCAACCUGCACCUCAGCCUCCUUCAACUUGCACCUCAGCCUCCUUCAACCUGCACCUCAGCCUCCUUCAACCUACACCUCAGCCUCCUUCAACCUGCACCUCAGCCUCUUUCAACCUGCACCUCAGCCUCCUUCAACCUGCACCUCAGCCUCCUUCAACCUGCACCUCAGCCUCCUUCAACCUACACCUCAGCCUCCUUCAACCUGCACCUCAGCCUCUUUCAACCUGCACCUCAGCCUCCUUCAACCUGCACCUCAGCCUCUUUCAACCUGCACCUCAGCCUCCUUCAACUUGCACCUCAGCCUCCUUCAACCUGCACCUCAGCCUCCUUCAACUUGCACCUCAGCCUCCUUCAACCUGCACCUCAGCCUCCUUCAACUUGCACCUCAGCCUCCUUCAACCUGCACCUCAGCCUCCUUCAACCUGCACCUCAGCCUCCUUCAACUUGCACCUCAACCUCGUAUGCUCUGUAAACCUAUCCUCCCGACCCUUGCCAGACUCAACCUGCUCAUUCUAAUAAUGCUCUACACCUCUCUCACAACACCCACAAUGACGUUCAAGUCACCUCAUUGCCCCAUAUGA